AUGGCCAGCGCAAUGGCAGGCCCCUCCCGUAAUCAGUCCUUCAAGGGCAGUGGCCUAGCCAUCCUUCGCAGUCAUCCCGGUCCCGCCAAUACCCUCGGCUGCACUUUCACUCACCUCCGCUUCUCCUUUCCCCUCAAGCUUAUCCACCCGCGCACUUCAGGAAAAGAUGCAGCUCUGCUCCUGGCAAAGGCAGCCAAAUCUCGGAUAGCCAAUGGCAAUGGCGGGGGUGAGGCGACAGAGGUCAAGGCAAUCGCUGCCCUUUACAUCGUCGGCUAUGGCGGCGGAUUGGUCAGUGGAGACGAUGUGGAGCUGGACGUGGACGUGGGGGAGCAGUGUACCCUGCUUCUCUUGACACAGGGUAGCACAAAAGUCUUCAAGAUGAGGUCCAUUUCCUCGCCAAAUGGGCUAUCUCCCUCCUCACCGCAUCCCAACACCUCGUCAUCAUCGUCAAUCAGGGGGACCAACGAGACCUAUAGUCGUCCCAUCACUCGGCAAUAUACCCGCUUCCUCAUUCGGCCACAUUCCACCCUGGUUCUCCUUCCAGAUCCAGUAACCUGCUACGCCUCAUCCCGCUACGCUCAAGCACAGCGUUUCGACGUUCAAUGCGCCCGUACCUGUUCCCUCGUCCUACUAGACUGGUUCACACCAGGUCGACAACAUCUCUUGCGUAGCAGCGGUGAUUCCACUAGUGGCUCACAAAGCGAGGCUUGGCGCUUUCAGUCGUACCGGUCGCGCAAUGAGGUGCGCUUAGAGGGUAAAGUAGUCAUACGGGACGUGCUACUCCUAGAGCAGGACGAGGCGCAAUGCUCUCUUGCGGGUGAAGGGAUCACGACGGAUCUGGGCAGACGCAACCAUCCUUACUCGUGCUAUGCGAACCUCUUCCUCCUGGGACCCGAUGUGCAGCCCCUCGUGGCAAGGCUAAAUGAUGAGUUCCAGUCGAUACAACAGAGAGUGGUCCCAUCGAGCCACCGGGGUGGGGGAGCUGUUAGGAACAACAGCGCCGGUAACGGCAACAGCAAUAGCAGCGCCAAUGGCGCAAGCGCCUCAUCCCCACAGGGCAUCCUCUGGAGUCUGACAAUCCUCAACGAGGACAGCGGGAGUAGGGAUCAGGCCCAGAUUCCUUCUUCCGCUGCUAGUGGUGGUGGUGGUGGCGGCGGCGUCAGCAGCAGCAGUGGUGGAGGAAGACAAGCCGUGGUAAGGAUUGCCGGUCUGGAUACAGAAGGGGUACGCAACUGGCUCAAGCAGAGAUUGACUCCGCUUGAGAAAGUGGUGGGUCAGGACUUGUACAAGCAGGCAAUGUGGUAG